GAGACACCAGGAGGCUCUGAAUUUUUUCUGUGAAGUGGACCAAACCCCCAUCUGUGCGGUGCGUGAUAGAGCCAAGAUCUCACACGGUGGUUCCCAUAGAGGAGGCUGCCCAGGAGGACAAGGAACAAUUCCAGACCUGACUGCAGGCUCUGAAGGAAGAGAGAGAAAAGCUCCUGGGAUUGAAACUGACCAGAGAAAGGAGAAACCCAGAGUACCUGCUUGGAGAGCUCGCCUGCCCAGCUGAGCAUGCGGGGUCCACGCCCCAAACGUUCUCCUGCCUGGAGUAGGCAGGAGGUGUUGGAUCUCCUUGGCCUGUGGGGAGAAGAGGCUGUGCAGGCACAGCUCCAGUCCAGCCGUAGAAAUGCAGAUGUCUAUGAGAAGAUAUCUCAGUGCAUGGUGGAGAAGGGCUACCAGAGGGACCUACUGCAGUGUCGCGUGAAAGCAAAGGAGCUGCGGCUCGCGUACCAGAAGACAAGGGAAGCGAACAGUCGCUCUGGUGCAGCACUGCAGACGUGCCCCUUUUACAAAGAGCUGCAUGCUAUCCUCUGCGAUGACCCCACUCCCAAGAGCCACCUGGAGGAGUCGGAGUCCCAGGGCACCGCAGGCAGUGGUGCAUCGGAGCUGCUGGAUGAGGAAGAGGAGGAGACGAAUGGGAGACAGGCGAGCGGGGGAUCCGUUGUCCCGGGAGGACAGGAGCUGUUUGUAACCCCGGAGCAGUCCAGCCAGUUGCAGCACUGCAGCAUGGCUGACCGUGAUGCUGGGGAGGGUACCUCUGCCAGGAGCGCGGCCUGGGGCUCUCCCUCCACACCAUCGGGGGGGCUCUUCCAGAUACGACGAAGGCCAAAGAGAACACAUGAUGACGCGCCAUGUGAGACAAUGAAUGCCUCUGGGAGGCCGGAUACCGAGCUGAGGACCGCUGUCUCAGAAAAAAUGGACGUUAUGAGCAGGGCGCAAACCAAGGAGACUGAGCGUCACAUGCAGCAGGAGGUGCUGGGGAUUCUGAAGGAACAAACAGACAUUUUAAGGCGUCUGCUUGACCUUCAGGAGCGAUACUUUAAGUCUCGACUCCCACUGCAGCUCCUCCAGAACAACACUCUAACAUCGCCCUACUUCCCCUCCCCUCCUCGCACACAUUCCACUUGGCGGAGGGACCCGAUGCAGUAUCCCUUCUGCUCAGUCCCCGGGGAGGGUGUGUGGAAUCCCAGCCGCCCAUUCACUGACGUGUGACAGGCCGGGCCCCUGCGCUUUUAAACAGAAGAUGAAUGUGCAUUCCCCCUCGCAGUUGUAUAUUCCCCUGGGGUUUCCAGAUUUUACCUCCAUGGCACGUAUUUCUGUUUCUGUGUGAAAUAAAAGUCCAUUUCUUCAAAAUG